GAGCAGCUCAACUCGACAUCUACCAGCAGUGUGUUGCAGAUUCAUUAGACGCAAAAUGGCGGACAGAGCUGGUCUCGCCCUGGGCGCCAUAUCGCCCGGCGUCGACGUCUUCAAGGGCCUCAUCACCUAUCUGGAUGCACUCAGAAGCCACACGGACGAAUUGCAAGCGCUGUCAAGACGCACUCAGACCCUGCUCAUCACCCUCAAGCUUCUCGGCAGGACUGUUCGAUCCUAAGUGCCACAGCUUUAGAUGCCAG